GGCCCAAACCGCCCUCACGGGGCAAGGCGUGCACAGCCCCGCGCUGCGGGCACAGCCACCCCCGGCCCACGGUGCACCGCGGCGCCAAGAUGGCGGCGCCCAGCGAGGGCCGGCCCGGCCGCGGCUCCACGCCGUUCCCUGGCGCUGAAGGCGGUCCUUUCGUUUUCCCCUUCACUGUCCCUCCCGGGGCUGCCGGCUCCGGGGCGGGGGAGCAGCCUAAGAAGCCGUGCAGGGCCUGUACAGAUUUCAAGAGCUGGCUGCGCGAGCAGAGGAAGCAGGCGGCGGGGGGCGGCGUGGCCGCGGUGGAGGAGAAGGAGCCGCCCCCCGACUGCCCCCUGGACAGCGAGCAGCUGGGCCGCAGUACCUGGGCCUUCCUGCACACCAUGGCAGCCUACUACCCCGAGCGGCCCUCUGGCACCCAGCAGCAGGAGAUGAGGGACUUCAUCCACCUCUUCUCCAAGUUCUACCCGUGUGAGCACUGCGCUGAGGAUCUGAGGGAAAGAUUGCGAACAAAUCAGCCUGAUACUAGCAACAGAAAUAACUUCUCCCAGUGGUUAUGUCUUCUUCACAAUGAAGUGAACAGGAAACUGGGCAAAUCUGAAUUUGACUGCUCUCGUGUGGAUGAGCGCUGGCGAGAUGGUUGGAAAGAUGGUAGUUGUGAUUAAUCCAUAGGAGACUGCUUUGGAAAUCCAACGGAUUCACUCUGGUGUUGAGUCACUACAGAGAGAUGUGCGAGUAAAUAUGCGUGAGCGCGUGUGUGCGUGACUGAUAUGGUUUGUGGAAAUAAAGGCGGAACCAAUCCUGAAAGCCAAUUUGAAAAUCUUAUCCUAAUAGCACCUUGAUAAAUGGUCGUAUCAAAUGUGUUGUUUGAGGGACUGAGGCCUUACAUGUGGUGCAGGAAUUGCCAGAAAUAUGUGAAAUUGAAUUACUUGACAAACUUGUGGAUACUUUUUCAUUACAUUUCCUUAUUGUAGGGGCAUUUGCUUGUAUCUUUGACUUGAAUUCCUGUUCCCUGCAUGCAGCUGUAGAGAGCUGCCCUGCGACAUAUCAUGUUUAUUUGCAGUCACUACCCUGAUGUGUUAGGAAAUAGAUCUUUUUCAUUGUCAUUUUAACUUAUUUUGUUCUGAUAGGGCAAAUUCCUGCUGUGUUUUGUGCUGUCUGUAUCCCUUAAACUUUUUCAGAGAUCUCCGAUGCUUAUUGUUAGACUUGCUGAAAGGUCUGAGAGCAGGUACAUUUAAUUUAAAUACUAAAAUCGUGGAACCUGAUUUCUCAUUUUAUUUACGUGUUUCAGUUUAUCAUGUAAGAGUAUAUCAUAGAAAAGGAGACUAGAACAGGACCAAAAGAACUAUCAUGAAGUAUCAGCUGGGUGAAAUUCAGAUGUUUUCAAUUGAUUCCUCUUUUUCUUUGAAUUCAGAAGCAGUAUGACAAGUUCUGCUGAGCUAUUUGCUUUUAAAACCAAUAACUAUUAAACUCUGCUAUGAAUUUUUGUUAACUGUGAAGAUAUCUGUAAUGAUCUGAGAGCGAUAUCUGUAAUGGAGCAUAUUCAGAUUUGUUUAGCAUACAGUAUUUGUGAGGCAUCAUUUGCAUUUUGAAGUUCUUGAUUGGUACUUACUGAUUUGGUUGAUAUUUUGGUGCUUUAACCGAGAUAAAAAUCUCUCUAGAACAAAAGGACUUUAAAAUACCCUCAUAUUAUUUGAGUCUUCCUUAAGACUGGUGUCAGCUUUAGACAGAAUUAUUGCACAGAAGGCUCAAAGGAUUCCCUCUGUAGAAGCUGGUCUGUUAUAGUGGCAUUUUCCCUGGGUCAGUUAUAUUGCAUCAAUGUCACUGAUACCUAAGUGUGAAUUUCAGUUUCCAGUGAAAUAGCAUAAAUGAUUUAUACUGCAAUGAGUAUAAAUGCAUUUCUCUAUAAAGCCCCCCCCCCAAAAAAAAAAAGAAGUCUAAAUGCUUUAAAACUCUUAAAAUAUAUAGUGAUCUCAUGCCCUUACUGCAUUUUUUGUCUGUGAAAGGUUGCAGGAGUUUGCACAAAUUGUGACAGUGGGGGCUUUUUCCUUCUGUACUUCCUGCUGAGAUUUUCCUUGUGUAUUUUAGUAAGCUUCCUUAUUUCUCGCAGUACCUAAGGUUUGUAAGUUUACUUUUGCUGAUAGAAUGAAAGGUUCAUGGAAAUGGUAAUGGUACUUUUAUAACAGUAUUAGGGUGAUGGCAGCCUAUAUCUGAGAACUUUGAUCCCCAAACCUUCCUGCAUGAGGCCCCUUACUGUUUAGAAAAGCAAUCAGAACCCUGGAAAUACAUUUCAGUGUUUUAUGGUGUACUGAAGCCUUUUCAAGUUGGACUUGUUAAAACAGUAAGACGCUAAUUUUUAUGGACUGGUUAUUCUGGGAAGUUUUAUUUAUCAGUGUUCCUAAACACAAAAUCAACAAAAGUGAUGGUAAGUGUUGUAUGAAGUAUGCAAUCUGACUUCCUACCUUAUGGCAUUAUGUGGGCUAUUAAAAGUGCUGAGAAAAUUUUCCUAUUGGCAUGUUGAUGGACAAAUAAAUUCCAGCCCCUAGCUCUUGUUUUUCAGUAAGAAAACUCAAUUCCCCAAAUACAUAGCCACUAGUGGGGGGAAGACCAACAAAAAGGCUGUACCCCCUUGCUUUGUCAGGCGUGGCCUAAGUUCCCCAGUUCUGUCAGGGCAGUUUUAGUACCUGGGGAUGUGGACAAGCAUUUUCUUCUGCACUUGGUUGUGCAGAAGGAAAAACUUGCCAUUCUUCCUUUCUAAUCUGCACUCCACUACUGUGUGACAAUUCCAUUGCCCAUGGAACAGAUAAUGAGAUUUUUCACUAAUUUGCAUCAGCAUAAAUGAGUGGGUUGGUAAAGCGCCUGCCUUGUCCCAUUUCAUCUUAAUACUAAAAAUGAGCUAGGCCAGAGAAUUGCACUUAUUUAUACAAGCAUGCUUGGUCUUUGCUGGUAAGUCCUCGACCUGCUGUUGCCUUGUGUCGGCAAGCAGUUGGUGAUAUACAGGAGGGCUGGUGCAUCUGUCCACAUCUUAAUGGUGUGGAAAGGAAAAAAAGAUUGUGUAUCCCUCUCAAAAUGAGGGAGAGUGGCUAUGGCAACACAGAACCUUUGUCUCAUUGUGUUGUUUGAGGAGAUGGUAGAGUUGUGUGCAAGGAAAAGCUCCUUCUGCCAUCAGGUACUGUUUUGUUCUGACAGUGGUGCAGAGAUGGGGGAAGUGUCUUAAAGCUGAAGUCAUCAUCUUCAGUGAAUGAGUCCAUAUAAUGAGGGCACAAGCUCUGGCUACCAGGAUGUUACUAGGGCAGUUUGUAACUUUGCUAAAUAGCCAUUUGGUGAAAAUAUAUGCUUGCGCUCUGUUUUCUCAUAUUUGUGGCUUUGCAGAAGAGCUCUGACUUAUUGUUCCUCAGACAUAGCAUCUCUGUGAACUUGACUGUCCAAGGGAGGAUAUUUUUGCUGCUCGUUUAUAACACAUUUAACGUUUUAACUGUAUGUAUGGAAUUUCUAUUGAAGGUUUAUGUACAUAAAAAAGAAGGGGAAAAUUGAAUUCUCUCCUAAAUGCACUUGAUUAAAUCUAGUUUUAAAAAUAAUUGUAUUCAAAUUAUAUUUUCUGUCAAUGUGAAAACAAUAAAAGCAACUGAGUUUA